ACUGUACUGUACUCGAGUUGUCUCCGCUUCAGUGUAACGAGAACAAUACCAUACUAACAAAAAGCAACGGCUGAGCGUUGUUGGUGGCGCACAAUAGAAGAGAUGAUUGUUAUCUAUAUGCGUUCGAAUGAAGUCAUCGCAUAGGAAUUAUACUUGAACAGUUGAUAAUUUAAGACAUAUUCGAAGACUAUCGCCUUAUCUCUCGACAAUAUUGCUAAGAUAGGCCGUGUACUGUAGCCUACUGUAAAGGAAUUCACACAGUCACACUUUCGCGUGUUAUUAAAACAUGCCAGUUUUAAAAUUUUAUUUCGUCAUUGCGUUAUUAACGCUGACGAUUUCAAUGGAAGCCGAGUCGGCUACCGACGCGAAGGUGUUGAUUCUCGGGGCAGGAGCAUCAGGUUUGAACGCCGCUCAGACGCUGCACUAUAAGGGUGAGAAUGAUUUCCUCAUCCUGGAAGCGGAGGAUCACUACGGCGGUCGAGUACAUAAUGUACGUUUCUUGCAAAGAGUCGUAGAGUUGGGAGCAAACUGGAUACGCCCAACCGGUUCGAAACUGGAAAAUCUCGCCCAGAAAAUCGAGCUGGCGACUAGGCCAUCCGAUUUCGACGACAUCGUAGCUUUGACGAAUAAAGGUGCGAUAGUAACAGAUGGUUUUAAAUUGGCCCUGGAAAGGUUUGAUAGUAAAUUGGACGAGGCGUUGGAUUUAGGUGCCGACCACAUCGAUGACGAAGAGACAGAUAUGUCAUUGCGUUCAGCACUGAAGUACGUCGGAUGGAAACCAAUGACACCCGAAGAAAAACUUGCAGAAUGGUUCAGAAUUGACUUUGAUUUGGCAGACGAACCUGAGCGUGCCUCACUCCUCGCAUACGCAGCCGAUAAACUGUAUACUGAGGAGGAUGAACCAGUUGUUGAAGAUAACUCCAAUAAUAAUAAUAAUAACAUAAAUGAGCAGGAUUACCUCAAAGAGCAAAGGGACCUCGUCCUUGUCGCCGACAAUGAUCCAUACAACUAUCGAAACAGAGACCGAUACGACGACAACAAUCAGUACAGCCGUCGUCGCCGCCAGGCGUACGAUGGCUCUCAAGAACAGUUUGUUAUAGAUAAAGAUGGUUAUAUACAAAUAUUCAAUGAAACGAUGACUUUUCUGAUGAAAAGAGACUAUAGGGACAACAUACUGUACAAUAAAGUUGUUGAGAGAAUUGACUAUUCGAACGACAGAGAAGUGACAGUGUUCUGUAGAGACGGGACAAGUUAUACUGCGGAAUAUGUCCUGGUUACAUUCAGCUUAGGUGUGCUUCAAAGUGAUCUUAUUGAAUUCGUACCGGCACUACCAUUAUGGAAGACCACCUAUUGGAAUAGAUUUGAAAUGGCAGCAUACAGUAAAAUUUUCUUAAAUUAUAACGAAAGAAACGGAAGGUUCUGGGCCGGUGAGGAAUACGAUAAAGAGUGGUUCGCAAAUGUUCAUUCUAGUAAUCGUAAAGGCAUGUGGCCGCUAUUUUUAAAUUUUGCACAUGGAGAUCUUUUUGGGAAAGAUACACAUAUGUUGAUGGCGAUUUUGACCGGUGACGAGGCUCGUCGGGUUGAAUCUCUGACGGAAACAGAGAUCAUGAGGGAAGCGGAAAAUACCCUCGACUCAAUGUUCAAUCGGUACGACGUCCCACUACCUAAUUCAAUAUUGGUUUCAAACUGGACGCAGAACCCGUAUACUCUUGGAUCGUAUGCCAUCUGGACACUUGGCAUGGAGCGUGAUUGCUUUGAUAAAAUGGAGUCGCGAGUUGGUAGAGUAUUCUUUGCUGGUGAGGCCACCAGCUUCAACAACACUGGCAACCUUCAAGGAGCACUGGAAAGUGGAAAGCGAGAAGGACUCAAGAUUUACAACUGUAUAUACAGUAGCUCGUGUAAACAGUGGAAGACAGGAACCAAGUGCGGAUGUAAAAGCGGAGUAGCUGAAGGCACAAAUAGACAAGGGAAGUACGGACAAGAGAAUGCAACAUCCUCUUCUAAUAGCACAAGUUUGACAAUUGGUAUAUUCUUUGUGGGCAUGAUUGUUGGGACCUUUGGAGUAGGCCUAAUUGUAGGAUUUAUCAGCUACAAGAAAAUUAAACAGAAGGCACAAGUAGACAAGGGAAGUACGGACAAGAAAAUGCCACAUACUUACAUGGACUACGUGGCAGUUAGGCCAACUGCAGGCAGUCAGAACCAAACUUACCAAGAUAACUUAGAGAAGAAGAAACAGGCUAUGUUAAUGUGAAGCCGGGAAAGAGAUAAGAAAGUAAAGAGGAGCAGUAACCGGGUUGGAGUAAAUGCUUGUUACUUGUACAAGGAUCAUCAUGAUCCUUGUAUACAAGUUAUCCUUGUUAUUCUUGACUAGAUAACCGUUUGAAUGUGAUGGAGCUCAUAUAUGGAACUUCGACGUUUAUACAGUAUAACGGUAACUAAAUAGUAGUAGAUUAAAUAUGUACAUAUGUUAGUUGGUCAUAAACAUUAAACAAUAUCUGACCUUUAAUAUUAUUUUUGUUUUAUAUUAACACAAGAAAUGUUUCUUCUAUAAGGCCCCAUAAAAUUAUUAGUUUAUCACCCCCUCCCUCACUCACUUUUGCGGAAAUUACUUGAACAGCUCAGGAUUUCUUGCAAAUAUGUUUACUGGUACAACAAACACAUCUUUUUUUAA